AUGGCCGACGUGGAGCUGGCGCCACCCCCACCACCGCAGAAUGUCCAGCCUGGUGAUUAUCUCGUUGUCGUUCAUGGCCACGCCGGUGGAGAAGAUGAAUUGCAGAUGAAGUGUAAUCAGCUCAUCAGACUGGUAGAGCUUGAUGACGAGUUCCAAGAUGGUUGGUGGCUUGGCGAACACCCCGAGACGAACGAGAAGGGUCUUUUCCCCGCAGGUUUCACCAGGAAAGCCCGAAGACAUGAAUCCGAACAAUUCCAAAACUCUCUCCGUAUCGAUUCAACCCAGGGGACAUUCGCCUCUGAAGAGACCGAGUCGCCCGCGCAAAUCGAACCCUCAACCCCGAAAGACAAAUCUUUUGGUGCCGUGGGGAGUGAGCAAACUACUCCGCAGGCAUCGCGACAGAAUAGUGUUCCGGAGGUGUCUACAAUGAGCUCACCAGGGCAGCAACGAUCUGCUUCCUCACCUCUUCCGCAAUCUAGCUUGGCCGCCGAUAUUCAAAAUGCAUUCCGUCCGUCUGGAAGUCAUCAUGUCAAUGGAGAGGAAAGUCCAGUGAUGAAUGAGACUCUGAGUGUGAUUGAUGAACACAUUACCGAUAUGAACACGCCUCGCCACAGCAUGUCCACACAAGAUGCGAAGACGAUCAAUGACUCGGGCAGUGAAUACAGUACCCAUCUCAGCCACCGCCUGUCAUACAUUAAUGGACAUGAGACAGAUGAGGAAGAGGGUACAUCACUGACCGAGCAGGAGGUCCGUCGAUGGACCCAGAUGGAUACCUCAAAUCAUCUACGAAGCCUCGGUGUCGAGCCCAAACACUGUGAAAUUUUCGAGAGAGAAGAGAUCACAGGCGAUGUGCUACUGGAGAUGAACCAGGACUUCAUAUUCAUGAAAGAGUUUGAUUUCGGUGUCAUGGGCAAACGACUCAAGACUUGGCACAAAAUUAAAGCACUCCAGGAGGAAGUUAAGGGCUCCAAGCCACCACCGACCCGAGGCUCUAUUGCGGGCUACCCCAGCCCUAAUGAAGAACGAUCAGGGUCGCGUGCCGGUCACACUGGUACCUUUCUCCCCCGAAUUCCUACUGUAUCAGAGAAGACUGGUGCAGGAUUCUCACGAGCAGCAUCUAUGGGCCCUUCUCAGCAUCCCAGACUAGCCAGCAAUAACAGUUCCCCAGUCACCCCGAUGACUCCUCCCCAGUAUGGCAACGAUUCUCGAAGAAUAUCUGCGGCAUCAAUUCGCGAUUUCAAUCACAGCCGGCGACACUCCUCUAUCGAUGCGACUCAACGCGGCGUUUCCGAAUUUUAUGGCCACCAGAAGAAGCCGUCUUUUGAUAGAUCUUGGACACUGAACGGUGGAACGCACGCGUUACCACCUCGCCCGGGAACUUCAGUUGGUACCCCAACGGAAGGAUAUCGAACUUUCCGUGGAACUGUUGAGUCAGAACCCAACACCCCUGAUGGCUUUGAUGACUUGGAUCGAGGCUAUUUCUCUGGUACCGAGGUUGAUUCGCGCCGAACUCAACGACGCUUACAAAAACGAACGACGUCCAGCGGAGGUAGCCUGAGCCAUUCUCGAAAGUCGAGCUACCAGGAAGAGCCUUUCUUAGCUAAGCCUCCAAAGCGCCAGUCCAGAAUUGCUAGCGUUGAUUCCCUGCGCGAUGCAGGUAAACAUACAUCUGUUGCUUCUAAGCUGUACAAUGAUUCCCCUGCAAAGUCUCGUCUGCGCAGCCUGAGCCAACGCAACUCUGCUCAGAGUGGCAGUGGUCGUAAUUCUCAGGCGUCUAACACCGACACCAAGUCUGGGUUCUUUUCCAAUUUUGGAAUGAAGAAGAGCAGUGAAUCUGACGGCUCUGGUCGUUUCCAGCCUUUGAGAAACGUUGGCCCAAAGAUGCGACGAGCUGUAGGCAUGCGCGCCAUUUCAGAUGCCGCCAGCAAGGACUCCUCCGCACCUGUUUCUCCUCGGGACUUCGACCCUAAGCUCGCGCGCACUGGCUCCACUACCCCUUCGGCUACAUCCAAGAGCUCAGAGCGCCACAGCACAGAUGGCUCUGGCAAGGUUGGUGAUGCUCCUGGGUUAAUGAACCGUCCUCGGACAGUAAAGUCAAAGAAGGAUACCAGUGCAUACACCCGCGGUCUGGAAAAGAAGACACCCCAGGAACAGAUUGCUGUCUGCGAUUACAGUGGAUGGAUGAAGAAGAGGUCAUCUAAUCUAAUGACCACCUGGAAGCCUCGACUGUUCGUUUUGCGUGGACGCCGUUUGUCAUACUAUUACGCCGAUGACGAUACUGAAGAGAGGGGUCUAAUCGACAUCACUGCCCACCGUGUACUCCGAGCAGAUAAUGACCCUAUAAUCACCCUCCACGCAACGGUCACAGGCUCUACAGCGCUUCCAGCAAAUGCGAGCGCCACGGAGCAGAGUGGGGUCAAGCUCAUCACCCCUUCAGUCCUUGCAUCGAUGAAGAGUAAAGACGGCAAUGGGCCAUUCUUCUUCAAAUUGGUGCCACCCAAGUCGAAUAACUCGCGCACUGUACAAUUUACCAAACCUACAACUCACUACUUCCAAGUUGACAGUGUUGAGGAGGGCCGACUGUGGAUGGCAGCCCUCAUGAAGGCAACGAUCGAGCGUGAUCUAACCGAGGAAGCAUCCACAACCAACAAGCAAAAGACCAUUAGUCUCAAGCAAGCCCGUUUAAUGAAUCAGCGACCACCAGCUCUCAUGAAUAACCCACACCCUCUGGAAGACGACAAACUGGUCGAAGAGAAAGAGGACGAAGACGAAGGUCUUCGGAUUGAAGGUCUCAAUUUGACCAAAUCCGGAUCAUCAGGAGGCAAUUCCUAUGUCGAUGCCAAGGGCGAUCAGAACGGCACCGGUCCCAAUUCCCACGAACGCACAGAGUCGAAUCAUCUCGGUGAAAUUGAAACAGGCCCUACGUCCCUUCUCCCAAGCCCCCUAAUCAGAAACGACUCGUUCUGA